UACAGUUCUCUCAGGCUCAGCUUUGGGAAGGAAAGGCUGGCCCCAGUGCCCUGGGAGAUGCUGGUAAACACCCAAGGACCACAGGGCUACCAAUGGACAUAAGUGGGCACCCCUAGGCCAGGAGAACCCUGUCAUCUCUGCCCUCAGAACCACCAGGACCAGUGGUAAGCUUCUCAUAACAUAAGGGGCUCUCCUCUCACUGUGCCUCUAAAUGGCUGCUGAGAAGCCAAGGGAACAACAGCAGAAGUGUGCUCAGUGUCAGAGGAAGAGCUCGUAGGUCCCAGAGGCCCAGGCCUCGGCCUGCCCUCCGACCUAUGCAGGGACGCUAGAUGUAUUCACAAAAGCUGCAGGGACAGCAGCAAGGCAGGCUCCUCUGUCUAGACAGGGACGUCCACUGUGUGAGGAACAGGGCUGCUCCAGCGCCAGGACAGACAGGGAUGAGCUGUGUUUCCUGGAGGCAUGUAUGUGUAUGUAAGUGAGUCCAGGAGAGACAGAGGUCUUGGAAGACUCAAAAGGAGUAAAAUGGAAACCUUUUAAUCUUUAUAUUUCAAUGAGGUUAUUUUCUGCAAAACUCAUAGAAGACGUUCAGAAUAGUUCAGGAAUUUGUAUUUUAGAACCACCAGGACAGAGAGGAAAGAAUGCCCAGCAGCAGGUCCCCAGAGAAGCAGUAAGGGUUGGCAGGGGCCACACUGCCAGUCAUGGUCCCUUCCCAGCCCGCAGGUGGCGGGGGCCAGAGGCAGGGGCCCUGGGGCCAGCUCCCACAUACCAUCUGGGCCUGAGUCCCAGGUGGCCCUUAUGCCCAGUGUCCAUGAAAGCUUGUGCCCUCCACACUGCACCACCUUCGUGAAGCUGGCCGGGCUGGACAGCAUGGGGCCUGGCCAUGUAUGGGCUGAACAGUGACUCAUCAGGCGCAGCGGCUCCUCAUCUGCAAGGAGCACGGACGACUGGAAUGGAAUGGAAACAUUUACACAGCCAAGACCAGAAGGCGCUAAAAAAGCCAAGUCCUGCCAGAGGGAGCAAGGGGGAGGAGCUGGCCAAGAGGGAAAGAGCUCAGAUGAAGUCGGGAUGAGCUCUCACAACAUGUCAUGGGUACAGUACCCAAGCUGCGUCUCCACAGCAGUGGAAGAUGUCAUCGCCGCGCAGAGCAUCAUCUCUAGAUGCCUGCAUGUCUAUAUGGCUCUGAGUGUCCCGAUAAGCUUGGUGGCCGGGCUCUUCAACCUGACCACCUUCAUAAAGGGCCGCGCAAGGCAGGGGAGCCUGGAUGCAUUCCUCUUAGACCUCACUGUCACCAACAUGCUGGUGACAUUGCUCUCCCUCACCGCCAUCAGCCGGCCGGACUACAUGGCCACCACCAACCUGAGCUGUGCCAUCCUCUGCUUCCUGGCCAACGUCUGCUACUUCAAUGUGCAAUACGCACAGCUGGCCAUGCUCUCUGUGUUCCUGCUGCAGGGCUCCUUGCCCUGCCUGCGUAUGGCCAUCAAUGGGGCCCAGAGCUCUGUGGCGAGUCUGGCUGCCAUUGGGGGCUGUGCCUUCUGCAGCUCCCUGGUGCUGGUGGCCCUGCUGGGCACAUCUGGGGAGCUGUUCCAAACCACCCUGUGCCAGGUAGACCCACUGACCGCCUGGCCGGAGUAUGAAAUUGUGAAGGUCAGCCUAGGCUUUGGGCUGGCCCUUGUCCUGAAGCUGGCGUUCUUCAUCCUGCUUGUUGUCCAGCUGGCCCGGCGGGCAGCCCCUCCCCAGAGAGAUACAGCCUCUGCUCCCUCAGUAGUUCUGGCCAUGGCCCUGACCACGUUUGCCUGCCGACUCCUCUACAGCAUCGCACUCCUGCGACGGGCCCGGCUGAAGCUGCAGAGGGACAUUGGCUCGCCCAGGGAUGAGCUCUUCAUGAACCUGGCAGAGCUGGUCCUGUUUGGGGAGAGCUGUGUGAAUUCGCUGGCCAUCCUCUUCCUCCAUGGGCCUUGCAGGCUGGCACUGCUGAAAGUUCCAGAGCAGCUCACCCAACGGUGCAGGAAGGAAGAGCCAAGCAACAGCUUUUCCUUAAAGAGAAUCGAGGGUUAAGGCAGGGCCUCACCUAUAGCAGAUGAGCGAGCCAAGCCAAGUGAGAGAAUCUCCCUGACAGGAAACACAGCCAUUUGCUGAAACUCCAAUCUGUGCAGUAAGUACCAAAUGGGGCGACAGGAUAGUCCGGAAGGCACUGUACCCUAGCAGCCUGGCAUUCGGCUCCACUUCCACAAACACUCCUGACUUAAACCAAAUGUCUGCAGCUAAAAGAAAUCCUGCAAAUCAAGAGCGUAGUAGAUGUGGGGGCAAAAGCUGCCCAGACACAGGUCUGACUGGGCGGAGGUGUCCUAAAUGCUGGUGAGCAGUUCUAUUAAUCUAUCUGCGAUCCAGCAUCCUUCUCUGCCCCUGCCUAGACGGGACAAUGACAAAAUCUUGACAAUAAAUACAUUAUUCAAAUAACUUUAGGGCCAUAUUAUAAUCUGGCCGUAAAGGGUCACUAACUGGUUAACCUUUAAUGUUGCUGGAAACUUUGGACCACAUAAAUAUUGCUGAUAACAAAGAAGUUUGAUUUUAUCUUUUACAUUUAUCACCAUCACUGGACAUCUGAGAAUAUCACCCACACGCUGAUGAAGUGUCACACUGUACUUCCUGCUGGCCGGUGACUGGUGCAGAUCGCCAGGGCUCUGGGUGGUCAGUGAAAAGCUCUGUGUCCAAAGCCCUAUCUGCUCUGUUUGGUAUUACAUGUAGAAAGGCUGGUAACAUAUGAAACAUAAAAUAGAAGGUUCAGUAGUUAAUCUUCAUCCAAAAUUGACACUGACCAUUCUUGCUAGAUUUUUAUUAAGAUUUUCCUGGUUGAAUAGAGAAGGAAGGCGUGCAAGGAAAAGGCGUCUCUGAUUUUAAGGACCUCUAUGUUUGAUGGUUUCAGUUGUUUAUGAAAACUUUACUGUUCAGAGCAGUUUUAGGUUCAUGAUAAAAUUAAAAGGAAUUAAGAGAUCACUCCUCAUGCCAUGCCCCCACACUGAUAUCCCCCCAGAUAGAGCAUUUGUUACAACUGAUGGACCUAUAGUGACACAUCACUGUCACCCAGAGUCCACAGUUCACAUCUGGAUUCAUCCCUGGUGGUGUACAUCCCCUGGUUCAGACAUGUUUAUACGGACAUGUAUCCUUCUUAUGGCAUCACAGAGUACCCACAGUCCAAAGAACCCCCGGGCUCAGCCUCUGCAGACCUGCCCUCUCUGCCCCAAGCCCCUGGCACCCACUCAUCUAUCCCCAUCUCCACAGUUCUGUCUUUUCCAGAACGUUCUAUGGCUGGAAUCCCAUAGAACAGAGCUGGCACAGACUGUGUAUCAGGUUCCUCAAUGUAUUCCAUGGCUUGGUAGCUUAUUUCUUUUUCAGUGCUGAAUAAUACUCCAUUGUCUUCUAUUUUAAUGAACAUUUUGUGUUACUCUGCAAACUACAGAACAAAAUUGCCUCUUGCAAGUAUGUCUUUUCAAUGUUGAUAUAUCUGUAUUACUUCUUUGGAAGAAAAAGGAUUUGGAUUAUAUGGUUAAGAAGAUUCUAUAAUAUACCAUUAAAAUACUAAACGCUUAAAAAUCCCA